GACACUAUCAGGCAUCAAUUAGGUUACAGUUCACUUGUCAAUCUCACUUCUCAGUUCUUCUCCCCCUUGUUUCUAACACCCUCCUCGACGAGACAACGACUGCAAUUGCGAGUCUGCGACUGCUUCGAGUCUUCGAGACUUGGACGACGCCUCUCCAUCCUCUCCUAACUCCUCUCCUUGGCAAGAAUUCAAGCUUUCAACACUCAACAGAAAAAGGAACUGGGGAUUGUAUAUUGUUGAAUGGAGCUAGCAGCUUGUAUUAGCCCUUGCUAUGCCUUCUCUGUACGGCCGUCCACUUCUACUUCUAGAAACUUCUCUCCUCUUCCGCCACUCUCGCUUAUCCAAUAUCCAAUUCAACGACAACAUCAGCUGCACCUCGCCGGAGCUAAUUCCGUAGGUUCUGUCUUAUCUCUGAAUGGAGUGAGGUUGCGACUGUCAUGUCUUGGCGUUGUAACGGGUGAUACAACUGUAGUACCAAAUGGUGCUGUUAACGAGCAAAUUCCCUCUGUGAAGCUGUCUGAUUCAGUUACUAGUCAAGAAACUGAUAUGGAAAAUGGAGAAGACGGGAAAGAUUCUUCUGCAGGGUUGGAUGAGAAUAAAAUGAUCAGAGUAUGCGACAAGUUAAUUGAGGUCUUCUUGGUUGACAAGCCCAAUCCUACUGAUUGGAGAAGAUUACUAGCAUUUAGUAAAGAAUGGAACAAUAUCCGGCCGCACUUCUAUAACCGGUGUCAGAAUCGAGCAGAAAGUGAGAGUGAUCCUGGAAUGAAGCACAAGCUACUCAGGCUUCAACGAAAGAUGAGAGAGGUUGAUAAUGAUGUUCAGAGGCAUAACGAACUUCUUGAGGUAAUCAGACGGUCAGUAUCCGAGGUUGGUGGUAUUGUUGCCAGGCGUCGUAAAGAUUUUACAAAAGAGUUUUUUGCUCAUCUUCACACUGUAGCAGAAUCCUAUUAUGAUGAUCCAGCGGAACAGAAUGCUGUGGCAAAACUAGGGAAUACGUGUUUGGCGGUUGUGCAAGCUUAUGAUACAGCAACUGAAAGUAUAGAAGCGUUAAAUGCUGCAGAGUUGAAAUUCCAAGAUAUAAUAAAUUCUCCGUCAGUGGAUGUGGCUUGCAAGAAAAUAGAUGAUCUGGCCCAGAAAAAUCAACUUGAUUCAGCAUUGGUGCUCAUGAUAACGAAAGCAUGGUCAGCAGCCAAGGAGUCGGACAUGACAAAAGACGAGGUAAAGGAUGUCCUUUAUCACUUGUAUAUGACAGCACGAGGAAAUCUUCAGAGGCUUAUGCCAAAAGAAAUCAGAAUUCUAAAAUAUCUACUCACAAUUGAGGAUCCUGAGGAGCGAUUGUGCACUUUGAAAGAUGCCUUCACACCGGGAGAAGAACUUGAAGGGAAAGAUGUAGAUUGUUUAUACACGACUCCAGAGCAGCUUUACAACUGGAUUGGGACAGUGGUGGAUGCAUAUAAUUUCAGUAGAGAAGGCACUCUCAUAAAAGAAGCCAGAGAUUUGAUGAACCCUAAAAUAAUUCAGAAAAUGGAGGAAUUGAAGAAAUUGAUCUUAGAUAACUUCAUGUGAGCAUUUGCUUGCUUUUAAAUAGCUAUGGGACUGCUGCUAGUGCCAGAUUCACCAGCUCGUGCCAUCAACAUCCAUAAGCAUAUGUCCAGCUGCUGCUAGUGCCAGAUGCGGUGACCACAUGAUUGCAUCGCAGAAUUGAACACAAAGCUGAUAGGUUCAAUCUCCUCACAUCGAAGAACUGUCCUUAUCUCGGGUUUGUCGAUAUUCCUGAAAGUUUAAAUAUCCUAGACGUUGGUUCAGAAGAGGCACGACCUGUAUUAGUUGUAUAGAACAUUGAAUUUUGUGUAUGAUAGAGCUUAUGUAUUCUGGUACAGUGACUUGAUGGCCUUUCUCCUACUCAGCUUGUUUCCUCUUGAAGCUCAAUUACGUCUUUAGGAUGAUUUUUAUACACGAAUGUAUCAUUUAUGAUGAAGUUCAUCACUAUCAUCAAUGAAUUUAUAUGGUGUUUAAAGUUGUACGAACUUGUCCAAGUGUUUA